GAGCAACAUUGCGAUAUACUAGCUCCUCUAGCGGAAAAUGCAGGCACCUCAUUGUGCAGUCCGUGAAUCCCAGCCUGACAAGUAAUUGGAACGAGCGCGACAUUCAAUCAAACAUGCCACUAUCCACUCGGCUUGCUGGUUGGCUGACCAGGACGAUGUUCAGCCCAUCCAGCGAAACAUUUUUCUGGUUAUUCGUCUGGCCUCUUUAUAUCAUUACACUAUUGUUUCCAUCCAGAAACCCUGCGUUCGCCGUCUAUUACAAGCCGUAUUUGAUGCGGUUCAUUGGCCAACUAUGGGCUGCACGUUCACCAAGGGAAUACUCUCUACGAGCACGAGCAGGUGAAGAUGAUGGACAUGUCCGACGUGUCACCCAUGCCCUCUAUCCCCGCAUCCUUGUUGUGUUUGAUGAAGACACACAAGGUUGGACAAGAGUCGAUGAUGAGGCAGUAGUGAGGCGCAAACCAUAUGUCGCUGUCACCUACUGCUACCCUGAUGUGAUAAAUUCCGGAGGUACAGAGGCACUCAUAGAGCGGGUGCGGCAUGCUACCUUGGAUCAAGGAUUUGAUGCGUACUGGCUAGAUCUCGAGUGCUUACUUGAGGGUCCCAUAGGAAAGGCCCAAGACCUGUAUCGCAUGUCGGACGUCUACCGACUCGCAUCCUUCACACUUAUCAUACUCACCGACGAGAGCGCUUGGCUUUCUUGGGGUAACCGCGUUUGGACUCUGCCGGAAGCUCUCCUUAGUCGCGAGCUGCGAUACAUCAUAGCUGGAAAUGAAACAGUCACCCCCAUCAAUCUCAUCCAAAUCGCCUCCUUAGCUUACCGCCACCAUGAUAAAGAAUCUCAGAUUAUCAACUCUUAUGCCCUUGGGAAGGAUCCGGUCGAGAGGUUGGCGCGCAAUCUCCAACUCAAAGAAGCAAUAUGGCGCCGACAAAGCUUUUCCUCUCAAAUUACGAGUCAGGGUGGAAAUUCUCAAGGGAGAUAUCGUGCAGAAAAGGUCUAUGCGCUCAUGGGAUUUUUCGAGCAUCGCAUUCUCCCGGAUCCUGAGGAGACAGAGCUACAAGCGCUUGCGCGUUUGUUUAUGGCAAAUGACAACGACCGCAUUGCUGAUUGCAUGAUCUCAAUGUUUCCCACAGAUCGAAGAGGUAUGAAUCAAUGGUACACCAACGAAGACGAAUAUGGUGCCAAGCUUUGGGACAUCGAGCCCACUGUACAGGUCAUUGGCAUUACAUCCAAUGGUUCUCUUGUGUUGGAUGGCUGCCGGGCGGCGACGAUUAGGUGGAAGAAUUUCCCAUACGUCGCAUAUGCUACGAGGCGCUCCAUCCAACUUCAUCUUUUACUUGCAGUGCCAUAUCUGGCCUUGCUCUUCAUUGCACCGAGUUGCUACAUGAUUAUCACCGGAAAACAAAUCCUUGUUGGCAUUAACAACUACGGAGUUUCUUCGUGGGUAAAUGUUCUACUUAUACCCGGUUACGUUAUGCUUGCCUUCUCACUUAUUCUGCUAAUAUUUGCACCCGUCCUCACAAGUUACGCACACUCUGGACGCAUCGUCCUUGCUCGUCCAUGGCUGAUCGGAGUCAACGGAGUCAUUUCUGCCCAGGAAGCCUCCGACCACCUGUAUGGGCGUCAGAUUUGGAGUUCUCGUCGCACCCUUUACUCUCCAUCUGGUUCGCCUUUGGCGAAACCAACAGAAAGUGAUUCCAAGUUCCGCGAAGGCCACAUUUCACAGUACGAAGCAGCCCUCACAGCCCCACCAUUCGACCCUGUUGAAGGUUACAUGUUCACCCUCGUUGACACUGUCUCAAGCACGAUUUACUAUUUCCGUGCGCAUAGGCCGCCCACAGUCUGUCUUUUUACUGGAUCAGAGGGUGGACAAGGGAGGUUUGUCUUGGCCAGUGAAGAAUGCAGCAGUAGCGAGCUGCGACGUGAGACGGUGCUCCGUAUGCCGACUUUCAUCUCUUCUUACAUGCACCUUUGUGAUUGGGUGGCUCUGGGCGGUAGGCCUUAAGGCUGGUACUACAAGCAAUGACUUGCUUCACUUAUAUUGUUCCUCUGCUUUGAUCAACAUCCUCGUUUCUAUAGCGCGUCUCUCUUCUCCUUUUCCGAGUCUUAGUCUUUUCAUUUUUACAAGGACACCUCUUCGGUCGGCUUUUCGACAAUAUACUGUGUUUAAGAUUACUUUUGGACUGUAGAUUAGUAUAUAUUUGUCCGUGCUAGUUACAAAUUCUUAUAUAUCACCCUUGAAAACGCUACGUACUACAAUUCAUGCAGGUGGCGUCUGUUGUUUGUUUAUUGAAAGAUGUAGAGUCGAUCUAUUUCGGA